CCCCCUCCCGCGCUGGACCACGUUGGCUUCCGGACUAGAAAGAGCUUUCUGCAAUGGCCGGAGUCCGGCGGCUGGGGCUGGCCGAGGCCUUAGCUUUGGGGCCUGGCUGGCGCCAUGCCUGUCACGCGCUGCUCUACGCGCCCGACCCAGGGAUGCUCUUCGGCCGCAUCCCGCUGCGGUACGCUGUGCUGAUGCAGAUGCGCUUCGAUGGACGCCUGGGCUUCCCAGGCGGCUUCGUGGACUCGCAGGACAACACCCUGGAGGACGGACUGAACCGUGAAUUGCGCGAGGAGCUGGGCGAGGCGGUCUCUGCCUUCAGCGUGGAGCGCACAGACCACCGCAGCUCGCAUGUAGGGGCUAGGCCGCGCGUGGUAACUCACUUCUAUGCCAAACGACUGACACUGGAGCAGCUGGAGGCUGUGGAAGCUGGAGCACCAAGAGCCAAGGACCAUGGGCUGGAGGUGCUGGGUUUGGUACGGGUGCCCCUGUACACCCUUCGGGAUGGUGUGGGAGGCCUUCCUGCCUUCCUGGAAAAUUCCUUUAUUGGCACUGCCCGGGAGGAGCUACUGGAAGCCCUCCAAGACUUGGGACUCCUAAAAUCUGAGUCCGUUCCAGGCCUUAAGACUCCAGUUCAUCGGUAGAGGCAACUGUCUGUGGACUCCUAGAACCUGAAAUCAGGACCUUGGAAUGGGGCUGGAGAGGGUUCUCUUCUGGGCCUAACAGUAGAUAGGUGGUACUGGGAGACAUGUGUGCAGUAGGUUUUGAGCAGAGGGCUUCUCCAACUCAUGGCAUGGGGCAGAAAUCCACAACUCAUCCCAUGUACAUUGUACAUGUGUGUGCAGUGUGGAACACACUCACAUGUCCAGUCUGUGACCACACACAGUUUUAUGGUCCCUCAGCCCCAGCAUGUGGAACCAGGAAGUGGCAAUUGUGGUGCCUGCCUUGUCACCAUCUCUUCUCCUUCCUGGUGUAGAGCUGUAGCAGCAUCGCUUUUCCCUGUCCUCCAUGGCUGCUCUCCAGGUUCUGACCCAGUCCAUGCCUAUUGGAAAGAAUAGAGGAGAGGAUCCUCUGUGCCCUGAGAGUGCCCACCCUUACCUGAGAAUUGACCCAAACAUGGGUUCCUGAAAGUAGCAGGAGAGCCUGGCCAUACCCCCAACCCUUUCUUCCCCUGAAACUGUAUGAGGAGGUGGCAAGGUCUUCUUGGGUUGACCUCGUACUUAAGACCUGUGAGUCUUGGUUCUUCUGCUCUAGGACUUUGACCUUGAGCUGUCUUAGUCUCUGUGGACUAAGAGGGCGCUGACCCAGCACCUGCUUGUGCUGCUUGGCAAAAAGACACCCAGUAAAGAGGGGCUGAUGCCUGGGCCUCCGAGCCUUUCUUGCCCUUCAGUUUUUCAGCAGAUACCAGUUAAGCACCUACUAUGUGUCAAAUCCCAUAAAAGCUGAAAGAGAGAGACAGAACCCUUUCUCUUCAAGACCCUAGAGUAAGGCAUGUGCAAACAGUUCUUAAAGGGCCAGAUGAUAAACACAGGCCUUGCAUGCUAUCCAGUUUCCAUAGUUUACUAAAGUUUGCUGUAGAGGGUAAAGAUUAAUAGUAUAAAUUGGAUGCCCACUUACUUGUUACGUGUUUACAAGGAAAUAAAUAAGAAAUUGAUACA